AUGGCGGACGAUGGAAUGCUCUUAAAUUUUACCUUCAGCGACGAUGUCGUCAAGAAGUCCGAGCCGAAGCUGAAAGGCGGCACCUGGCGCGACCGACUGAGCGCAAAGAAAAUCGCCCAACACCGCGCCCAGCCCCGAAAACCCAGCGACGGCACCGCCGCCCCGCGACCCGUGAAAAAUCCCAACCGGAUCCAGGUGUCAGGCACGCGGCCAGCGAAGCGACAGCGGACGGACGACGACCACGAUGCGGGCCUCCGCGACCACGAUCGCGCCGGGCAGUCUCAGCACCAGCACCAGCACCCACGGCAGUUCAUCUCGUCGCUGUUCUCGAAGAACCCGCUCCCACGGAACGCAGAGGAACCCACCGACGAGGCCCCGGCCGAAGAUGCGAAACCGACGAACGCACCUCUCAUCGACGGCCUCGACACCUUCACCAACCUGGGGCUGUCGCCGACGCUCGCGGCGCAUCUGCUCACGAAGCUCGAGCUGAAGGCGCCGACGGCGAUUCAGAAGGCGUCCAUCUCGCAGUUGCUCAAGGAGGAGAGCGAUGCGUUCAUCCAGGCUGAGACGGGUUCCGGAAAGACGCUGGCGUAUCUGCUCCCGCUCGUCCAGCGCAUCAUGGCCCUCUCGCACCCUACGAAUCGUACGGACGCCACGAGCACGACAGACGCCGAGGGCCAGCCGGUCGUCCACCGCGAUAGUGGGCUGUUUGCCAUUGUGCUCGCGCCGACUAGAGAGUUGUGCAAGCAGAUCUCCGUCGUGCUGGAGGGACUGCUGCGAUGUGCGCACUGGAUCGUGGCGGGGACGGUCAUUGGUGGUGAGAAGAAGAAGUCGGAGAAGGCGCGGCUGCGGAAGGGCUUGAAUAUUCUUGUUGCCACGCCCGGUCGACUGGCUGAUCACCUCGAAAACACGCAGGCGCUGGAUGUGAGCAACGUGCGGUGGUUGGUGCUCGAUGAAGGGGAUCGCUUGAUGGAGCUGGGGUUCGAGCAGGAGCUGCAGGGGAUCAUCAAGAAGCUGGACGCCAGACAACGGCCCAGUCGCAUCCCCGGGGUGCCUACGAAACGGACAACCAUUCUGUGUUCGGCCACGCUCAAGAUGAACGUGCAGAAACUGGGCGAGAUGAGUUUGAAGGAUGCGAUCCAUAUCAAGGCCGACCCGGCGGAUGAAGACGGCGACGCGAAGCCGAAGAACGACGACGAGUCCGCGUUCACCGUGCCGGCUCAGUUGAAGCAAUCCUACGCCAUCGUUGCAGCCAAACUGCGACUCGUUACGCUGACUGCUUUCCUGAAGCGAACCUUCAUGCGAAAGGGGUCUGUGAUGAAGGCCAUCGUGUUUGUCUCAUGCGCCGAUUCUGUCGACUUCCAUUUCGAAGUAUUUACUAGGAAACUACAAGACUCCGACGAGAACGCGGAGGACAGUGACGCAAGCGACACCAAAGAGAAGCCCGCAGCGUUCACCCACAACACCAUCGCGCGCGCCACAGCAUUUUCCAACCCCUCGAACCCAGUCACCCUGCACCGACUCCACGGCUCUCUCCCCCAACACGUCCGCACCUCCACCCUUGCCUCCUUUGCGCGCAACAAAGACGCCUCCGUGCUGGUCUGCACCGACGUGGCUUCGCGCGGUCUGGACCUGCCCAACGUCGACCUCGUCAUCGAGUACGACCCGGCCUUCAGCGCCGAAGACCACCUGCACCGUAUCGGACGUACGGCGCGUCUGGGCCGCGACGGCCGCGCGCUGAUCUUCCUCCAGCCCGGCUGCGAAGAAGGCUACGUCGAGAUUCUCAAGCGCGGCUACCGCGACGGUGGCAAGGCGCUGACCCGCACCAACGCGGACGACAUCCUCAAGCGCGGCUUCGGCGGCAAUGUCGAGUCCGAGAACAAGGACUGGGAGGAAAAGGCGACGGACUGGCAGAUGGACCUGGAACGCUGGGCGCUCGAGAAGCCCGAGUCCCUGGAGAUGGCGCGUCGCGCGUACCAGUCGCACAUCCGCGCCUACGCCACGCACGUCGCCAGCGAGCGCAGCAUGUUCAACAUCAAGGAGCUCCACCUCGGCCAUCUCGCCAAGGCGUUCGCCCUGCGCGACCGCCCCAGCAAGAUCAACGUGCCCGGCCUGCGCCAAGGAAAGGACGACACCAAGAAAGACUACAAGGCCGCGCGGGCCCCGGCCGCGGGCAAGAAGCGGAAGACCCCCGGCGGCCGCGACGACGAUGACAUCCCGGCUGCCGCCGACACCGCGAGCGCGGCGCAGAAGAUGCGCGCCAAGAUGAAGGAGCACAUGGCGGGCGCCAGCGAGUUCAAUCUCGCCGAGGGAGAACUCCUCGCCCGCAGCCGUGCCCGACGCAGCAUCCGCAUCAGAAGCAGACGCAGAAUCCACCGCCCCAAACGCAACCGCAUAGCACCCCUCCUUAUGCCACUUCAGGACCGCAAGCUCCCUCAGCGUCUUCACCGCAUAGACCCGCACCCGUGCAUCCCACCCCGCCGUCGAAAAGACCCUCCCAUCAGACCGCACCCGCAGCCCCUGCUGGCCGGAAUGCUUCGUAUCCACCUGCUUGAGCGGCGCACUCUGCACCGUAGACCCCAAUGGAGGAAUAGGAUGCUUAACCAGCAGCGCAUCCGCCGCGGACGAGAUAAACUCACCCCCGGCGGGAACCACAUCAAUCGACAGAACAGGCUGCGUAUGCGGCCGACAGAAGUAGAGCUUCACCCACUCCCAGACGGUCGUACUACCGCGCGAAAAGUCCUUCUCGCGCAGCGCCCCGUGGCAGCUAAACACGGCGACAUGGCCGUCCUCGUACGCGGCUGCAACGGAGAGUUCCCCCGCGGGGGCCAGGACAAGCUGCACCGCCAUCACCAUGCCGGUUUGGACGGCGGUGUCGGCGGGGAUGGUGCAGACGCGGCGUUCGCUGGGGAGAUGGAAGAGGUCGAUUGCACCGGAAUUGAACUCGGUGUCCGCCGCGAUGGAAACCAUCGCAAAGGCGCAGAAGUUCAGCGCGUUGACGGGGAGCGAGUGCACCAGCCACGGCUGGCUUGGGGCCGUGGACGGCGAUUGCGUCUGGCCGGCGACAUCCACCGGGAGGCGCUUGUCAAGGGUCUGUUCGUCGUGCGCGCGGAACCGCCACAUGCGCAGCUUGUGGUCUCUUCCGUGUCUGGUGAUCGUUAG